CGACGAUAUUUAGCAAUAAACGAAGAGAAUUAACUUAACAGCAUUCGCAAGUUCACUUUCAUGACUCAUCUCUGAUUGACUCUUCGCAGUUGCAAUAUCAAAUAAGUUCAAUUGUUUUCCGAUCGUGCGAAGCGAAACCACGAUGUCCUCUCCUACUCUCGUGGACCGUUUCCUUGGGGUCCUUUUUGGAGGACCGCAACGAAAAAAUUCUAAAACGCGAUGACGAGCCACGAACGAUUCGUGCAAUCCAAUAUGAUUGAGAUGCCCCGUAUGACACAAUAAUCCUUUGCACUCCUACUAUUUUUGCAGCAAAUGUGGAAGGGGGAUGGCGAACGUGCACGCGAAACUAUUAUGCACAGCCCAUUAUAAAUGUGAGCGCAGUGAGGAUUGGCGAACAAGUCCCAAAGAUCUCGUCGUCUAUCACAUUCACUCAGCCCGCCUGCACCGAAACCAUUCGCCUUGUAAAUCAAGCGGGCUUUGAUUCGUCUUUGCGGAAUUGACGUGCGACCUGUCUCGGUAUCUCGGUUCAGUAUCGACAACCAGCUGUCGCGACUCGGCUAUGGGUACGGCCGCCAGUAAUCUGGGGCGUACGUAAAUCUGAUAAGCCUAGUGUGUAUAUCAGUGGAUGAAGGAUUGCCAGAGCGUGCAUGACAAACGUUGUAUUGACAGAAUAGGCGAAAGAUGCCAACGAUAAUGGAUGGUAAAAUGUCCAUUAAUUUUACUAUAAACGGAGUACCGUAUACAAUAUCGGGAAACAUACCGCCCGACACGUCCCUCAACGUCUAUAUUCGCGAUUAUGCGAAACUUCGCGGCACGAAAGCCAUGUGCCACGAGGGUGGCUGUGGUGCCUGUAUCGUCGCUGCAGAAAUUAGAGGAAAGACAAUGUCCGUGAAUUCCUGCCUUGUACCGAUAUUAAUCUGCGACGGAUGGGUGAUUCACACGGUCGAAGGCAUAGGAAAUAGACGCGAUGGUUAUCAUUCGAUUCAGGCUGCGCUCGCUGGGAAAAAUGGCUCGCAAUGUGGAUACUGUUCUCCUGGCAUGGUUAUGAAUCUUUAUAGCCUUAUACAGGACAAGAAGUUAACGAUGCAGGAAAUCGAAAAUUCCUUCGGUAGUAAUAUCUGUCGGUGUACAGGAUAUCGUCCGAUUUUGGAUGCGUUUAAAGGAUUUGCUAGCGACGCACCUGCAACACUGGCAAAAAACAUUCGCGAUAUCGAGGAGAUCUACAAAAUUAAAACCUGUCCGAAGAAUGGAAUGCCAUGCAAAGGUACAUGCUCCAAUAACCAUCUCUCUAAUGGAAACAAUGCGACGUUGGAUAUAAAACUCGAAGAUACGGAAUUCUAUAAAGUUUAUUCGAUCGAGGAUCUAUUUGCGAUAUUUAAAGAGAAACCCGACGCAACGUACAUAUUAAAUGGAGGAAACACAGCACAUGGCGUUUAUCGGGUGGGUAAAAAUGAUCUCCGCAUCGACAUUAAUGACAUCCCGGACCUGCGGCGCAUCGAAAAAACCAACGAGACUCUAACCUUGGGCGGAGGUGUGUCUCUUACCACGGCGAUGGAGACCUUUCAGAAAUUGUCGUCCGAGACCGGAUUCAAGUACUUACAUCACUUGGCCGAUCAUAUCGAUCUGAUCGCUAGCGUGCCCGUGCGCAAUAUCGGCAGCAUCGCCGGGAACUUGAUGAUCAAGCACGCGCACCAUGAAUUUCCGUCGGAUUUGUUUUUGAUGCUGGAGACCGCCGGUACUCAGGUACACAUCCUUGAGGCACCCGACCGCAAGAAAAGCAUGAUGCUGCAGGAAUUCUUGAAGACGGACAUGCGCCACAGGAUCAUUUAUAGCGUGGUACUGCCGUCGUUGUCCGACGAUUACGAGUACAGAUCCUAUAAAAUCAUGCCCAGAGCUCAAAACGCCCACGCUCACGUCAACGCCGGCUUCCUUUUCAAACUCGACGGCGGCGGCAAGGUACUAGAGAAGCCUAACAUCAUCUUCGGCGGUAUCAACGAGCAUUUUUUACACGCGAAGAAUACGGAACAACUGUUGGUGGGUAAAUCCAUCCUCGACAAGCAAGUGCUGAAGACCGCCUUGGAAACAUUGCAUAAUGAAUUACAACCAGACCAUGUGUUGCCGGACUAUUCCCCGGAAUUUCGCAAGACUCUUGCCGAAGGAUUAUUCUAUAAAUUUGUAUUGAGCAUUAAGCCGGACAACAUAAAUUCCAAACUACGAAGCGGUGGUUCGAUAUUAAAACGAGGUCUCUCUUCAGGUACGCAGGAUUAUGACACUGACAAGAACGUGUGGCCGGUGAAUAAACCUGUAAUGAAAUUGGAGGCGAUCCAACAAACGUCAGGCGAGGCUCAAUAUUGCAACGACCUACCGCCGUAUCCUGGAGAAGUAUUCUGCGCUUUUGUUCUUACGAAAGUGGGUAACGGCAAGAUCGAAAAUAUAGAUGCGAGCAAGGCACUUGCUAUGAAGGGAGUAGUGGCGUUUUUCACAGCCAAAGAUAUACCCGGCAAAAAUUUAUGUAUCUCAGCGUCCAGCCAAUUGAUGAUGUUAAUAAACGAUGAGUUAUUGUUCGCUGAAAAAGAUGUUCUCUAUGCCGGUCAACCGGUCGGCGUCAUUGCUGCCGAGACGCAUAAUUUGGCCAACGAAGCCGCAAAAUUGGUAGAGAUCAAAUAUAGCGAAACGUUGAAAAAGAAGCCAGUGAUAAGCAUCGAGGAUGCGCUCGCUACGAAGGACGAUACCAGAUUCAUGAACAGCAUAAAUAUUCCGGCGAAAAAGAAAGGAAAGAAUGUUAAACAAACGAUAAAAGGGGUUUUCCAUUGCGGCAGCCAAUAUCAUUACACUAUGGAGACUCAGUCUUGCGUAUGUAUUCCUACAGAGGAUGGUAUGGACGUCUAUCCAACCUCUCAAUGGAUGGACCUCACCCAAAUAUCGAUCGCGAAUGUGCUUAAUGUUAAAAACAAUAGUAUCAAUGUGCAUGUGAGGCGACUCGGCGGUGGGUAUGGUGCAAAAAUCUCGCGUAAUGCGCUAAUCUCAUGUACCUGUGCACUAGUUUGUCAUAAACUGAAUCGUCCAACGCGAUUUAUCACAACGAUCGAGAGCAACAUGCAAUCGCAGGGUAAGAGAUUUUCUACGCGACAAGAAUACGAGAUCGGGAUAGAUGACGAAGGAGUUAUUCAAUAUCUUGAUUCAAAACACUGGGGCAAUUCCGGCUGUAAUUUCAAUGAUCCCCAUGCCUUUGUCGUGCUGCAUCAUAUUGGAAGCUGUUACAUGAACGACAGUUGGUCGAUGACCGGAUAUGAGGUGCGAACCGAUUUACCGUCAAACACAUAUUGCCGAGCGCCAGGAUCUACGGAAGGAGUGAGCAUGAUCGAGAAUAUAAUGGAGCACAUUGCGAGAGUAACGAGAAAGGAUCCGCUAAAGAUUAAAUUGGCGAAUAUGAACGACGUGGAUAAGGCUGCAUUAGAGCCAAUGAUAAAAGAAUUGUCGAAAUCGGCUGAUUACGAGAUCCGAAAGCGAGCAGUUGAGACCUUUAAUAACGAGAAUCGCUGGAAAAAGAAAGGCAUUGCUCUGGUGCCAAUGAAGUAUCCGUUUAUGUACAUGGGACAACAUAAUGCUAUGGUGUCGGUCUGCGCUCGGGACGGUACGGUUUGCGUAACGCACGGUGGAAUUGAAUGUGGUCAAGGUAUAAACACCAAGGUUGCCCAAGUAGUGGCUCACACCUUGGGAAUCGAUUUAGAAUUAAUUGCUGUGAAACCAAGUAAUAAUAUAAUAGCGCCGAACAACGUAGUUACUGGGGGCAGUAUGGCCAGCGAAUCCUGCGCAUAUGCCGCCAUUCAGUGUUGUAAACAAAUCCUGAAAAGACUUGAACCAGUAAAAAAGGAAAUGAAUAAUGCGAGCUGGCAGGAACUUAUUUUAGCGGCGUAUCUAAAGGAUAUUGAUUUAUGCGCGCGUCAUAUGUACGUGCCCACACACGACGAUACGCUCAAGGCUUAUAAUAUUUACGGUGUCACUAUUGCCGAGGUCGAGAUUGAUCUAUUAACCGGCCAGCAUAUUAUUAGAAGAGUCGACUUGAUGGAAGACGCCGGUAUAAGUUUGAGUCCGGAAAUCGAUGUCGGUCAGGUAGAGGGAGCUUUUGUGAUGGGAAUAGGAUAUUGGACAUCCGAGGAUUUGGUGUACGAUCCUAAAACAGGAGCGUUGACGAAUGACAGAACGUGGAACUAUAAACCACCAGGAGUGAAGGAUAUUCCUGAGGACUUCCGUGUAUCCUUGCGAAAGAACUCGGUUAACACGGUCGGUGUACUUCGUUCAAAAGCAACCGGUGAACCACCGCUUGCUAUGAGUUGUGUAAUUCCGAUUGCGAUCCGUAACGCGUUGAAUUCCGCUAGAGCGGAUGCGGGAAAUAAAGAUACAUGGUAUCAACUAGAUGCACCGUACACCAACGAACGUAUACUUCUGAACAGUUUAACCAGCAAGGAUAAUAUGGUGCUCUGAGAACAAAAGUGAGAUUUGCGAAUAAAUCGACAUUUAAAUUAAAUUCUCCUAUUAUCCCUCACUCUAUUUAACUAUAGAAUAAGUUUAGAGAUUCUGUACAAGAUAAUCUACAUCCACGUUUUGCAAAUACAAGAAUUUUUAGGAUAAUGAUGAGAGCACAAUAUACACAUUGUUGUUUAUGUAUUAAGAUACAAUUUUUGUCUUGUAAUAAAUAUUUUUACUAUAUUUCUUUAUAGCAAUCCAUUAA